CAGCGUUUGCCACAGUCGACAUAACAGAACCUUCGCGAUUCGUGUACAACCUCCUUAUAGAUAAUAAUAGUAACAACAAUAGUAGUAGUAAAAAUAACAAUAAUACAUAUCCGUUACGAAUAUAACAACUCAUCGAUAUUAUUUGCAGCACGCGAAAUUCGCACGUUUACUCUUCCGAUUAACCAGAAUAUACAGCGAUUAUGACAUCCGCUAAGUGUUACGUAGCGGCGAUGUUUCUAAUAAUUGUUAUCGCGUCGGAUGUUCAUACAGCCGAAUAUACCGAUUACGACGGUGUUGGUUCGUCGGAUUCGGAGGGACAUAGUAACCGCGAUUUAUACGAAACUAUCCAGCAAUCUGGUGACCCGAAUAGUGCUGCAAAAUUAUGGAAUAUUCCUCUGCAGCAUUUAAUGGUUCGUAAAUCUCAACGUUCACCUUCUCUCCGACUUCGAUUUGGUCGUCGUUCCGAUCCACUGUUAGCGAACGAUAUUUCCAGUACACUUCUUGGCCAGGAUUCGGUAGAUAGAAAAUCUGUAAGAUCUCCCUCUUAUAGGCUACGAUUUGGGCGCAGAACCGAUCCCGAAUUUUCGGAGGAUUACAUGGGCAGGAAGGCCAGCAGAUCCCCGUCCCUCAGACUUCGAUUUGGACGUCGCAGUGAUCCUGCUUUUUUGACCCAUGAUUUGACAGACUUUUUUCCCGGUGACGAUUACCUAGACCGGAAAAUAAUCAGAUCGCCGUCCUAUAGACUUCGUUUUGGUCGGGCAAGUGACAACUCGGUCGGUUCGACGGAAGAUCAGCUCGGAAAAAAUUCAGAAACAGAAUCUCCGGAUGCUGGGGUUGAAGAAAAUUAACAACACGACGUGUACGACUUUAAAUAAAUUUGGUCGCCGGUUAUAUUCUUCAUCUCUAUCACAUCAGAUGCUCGCUAUAAAAUAUCUUGUCUCCAAAAUUUUUGAAACGAAUAUAAUUAAUAUAAAAACAAUUAUUUACGUGUGCAUAUAAUAUUUCAUCGGACCGAAAAUCUGACAAAGAAAAAGAAAAAAAAAUUAACAAAAUAAAAUCAAAUUGAAAAAUUGAUAAAAUAUGAAACCGUGAUACUAUGGUUUGUUUCAAGAUUUGUUUGUUGCUUAAAUUUGUGCCAAAUUACGAAAUGGAUCUUAGUGCAUCAAAAAACCACAAUACGUUCAAAGGGCAUAUUUGGCCUAAAAUUUUGUCAAUCGUUAUCAUAAAUUUAUUAAAAAAAACUACAAACCGUAUCAGUCCACUGAUAACAGAGACAUGUAACGCGUCAUAAUUAAAUCAGUGCAAAUAUUGAAUUGAAAAUAUUUUUGAUACACGUACGCUUUGCAUGAAUCAUUCGGUUCUUUUUCAGCGAGAUUUAUUUGUAUGGGUAUAAAUCGAAUUUAUUUAUUCAUGUAUUUAUUUCUGUUUCAUUUUCACAUUAAAUUCAAUUAAUACACAAAUAGGAUUCGACGCAGUCAGGAGCAAGGGUUUUUGUACAUUUGCAGUUCUUUUUUGUAUUCUUACAUUGUUCGGCGAAUAUUUUAUCCAAUAUAUUUUCCAAUGCUGCAUUUGUCCCACGACAAUUGUCCACGACUUUUUUCGCCCACUGCAAAUACGAAACGAAAAUUGAAAGAAAUGAAGAGACGAUAGUAAAAAAAAUAAUUAUGUACCAAAAAUACAUUAAUAAUAUAUAUAUAACAUAGUA